AUGAACUCUAAGGAGAAAUAUUUGGGAUCUCCACUCUUCAUUGGGCAUUCCAAACAAGAAGCAUUCAAAAGUAUCAAGGAGAAAUUUGAAAACAUAUUUAAUGCUUGGUCAUCUACAUCACUUUCACAGGCUGGCAAAGGAACCAUGAUUAAACAUGUUCUCAAUGCAGUCCCAAUAUAUCAAAUGGGAACCUUCAAGCUUCCAGCUAAUCUACUUCAGCAACUCACAAGUAUUGAAAGGAAAUUUUUCUGGGGGUAUCAUAACAACAGAGGUCAUAGCCCUAUAGCUUGGAUGAACAUAUGCAGACCCAUAGAAAUGGGUGGACUUGAUUUUAGAGAUCUGGAAAAGCUUAACUUAGCUCUUUUGACAAAGUUAGCUUGGAGAAUAUGUAGUCAACCUGACACUCUACUGUCCAAAACACUCUCAAGCAAAUACUUCAAAACUGGGGAUCUACUUCAUCAGCAUAUUUUAACCAAGAAUUGCUCUUAUGCUUGGAAUGAGAUAUCUAAAGGCCUUGAGAUAGUGUAG